CGGCUCCUAAUUUUGAAACAGCCGAGCGAACAGUCAGCCCGAGCGCAGCCGAGUGACCUCCGCGGCUGACGAGCCCCCCAAAAACACCGACAAAUACCCCCGGUGGCACCGAGUUAUGGAUGUAUAUGUGUUCUACUUCUCGAGUUGGAGGAAGUGAAAACCUUACCGCGGUCUUAUGUGAUGAAUAUGAGCGCGCACGUCAUCACCCCGGGACCGUACCGAGCCACGAAGCUGUGGAAUGAAGUCACGCGUCUGUUUCGGGCGGGGAUGCCCCUCAAGAAGCACCGGCAGAACUUCCGCCACCACGCCUCCUGCUUCACCGCCGCCGCCGCCGUGGACUGGCUGCACCAGCUGCUCCAGAGCAACAGCAACUUUGGUCCCGACGUCACCAGGCAGCAGACGGUGCAGCUCUUGAAGAAGUUCUUGAAGAACCACGUGAUUGAAGACGUGAAGGGCCGCUGGGGCACCGAGGACCUGGAGGACAGCAACUCGCUGUACAGAUUCCCCUCCACGUCUCCUCUAAAACCGAUUCCGCGUCCAACCGCAGCCUCGGGCCCCAGCUCCAUCAAGAAACGGCCGUCGCUCCGGGACAAGGAGGGUUUCUUCAGGUUUAAGAGCCUCAAGAAGCUGGAGAAGGAAACACAAGAAAAUGUGGACCCCGCCCUCCAAGCAGGGGAAGCGAAUCAGCCAAUAGGAGAGCAGCAGGUGCCGAGACGAGAGCUGACGAUGGAGGACGAGCAGGACAUCUGGAGAGACAUCACCCUCACCCACCUGCAGAGGAUUUUGGGUCUCGCGUCUCUCGAUGAGGUCUUGCACCAGCGUUACAUAAACCCACAGAACAUCAUUCACAACAUGACCAAAGUCAACAAGCACGGAGUCGUCACGCUGGACGACAAGACCAGCGACCUUCCACACUGGGUGUUAUCAGCCAUGAAGAGUCUGGCGAACUGGCCGAAGUACGACAGUGGGCAGCCGUCGUAUCCCGGCUUCGAGAGAGACGUGUUCAAAACGGUGUCCGAUUACUUUUACAGCCUCCCACAGCCGCUGCUCACGUACGAACUGUACGAACUGUUUAUCAACGUCCUGGUGUUUUGUGGGUACGUGGCGGCGCCCGCCAAGCACCAACGCGGGAAGCGCAAGAAGUGCGACCUACCCUCGGUCCCGCCUCCGGCCAAGACGUCGUUCCGCUCCACCGAGUGUCUCCUCCUGUCGCUCCUGCGCCAGGGGACGUGCGACGAGGCGGAGUCGCCCAUGCAAGAGGUGCUGAGCGGGAAACUCCAGUCGAGGCUGGCGGCGCUGAGUGGCGGCGGUGCGGCCUUAGAUCGGUUCGGCGGCAGCUGCGUGAGCCUGAGUACGGUCGCGUCCGCGAAGCCUCAGACCAGGAGCGGCUCGGUGGAGACCCUCCUCAGCGACUCCGCCCCCCUCGCCCGGCAACAGGUGUGCCUGUCCAGUGACAGCCUGGCGUCCUGCACCUUCAGCAGCGGCAGGAGCCGGGAUGACAGUUCUGUUGCCACGACGCCCCGCGUUCAUUCAGACUUUACACCCGUGUCCAAAGAAACUCCUGUUGCCCCCGAAGGUCAAACAGGAAAUAGACUCUCUGUAGUUUCCGCGUCUGGACUUUUAGCCGCUCCGAGGCUGCGUCCCUUGCGGCCCCGCAGCGUUGGCAGCUGUCUGGACAUCGUCGUAGAAACCAUGGAGGAAGACGAGAUGGAGACCGGCUGGCCGGGCCGAGCAGCCGGCUGGCCGGGCCGAGCAGCCAGCUGUCUCAACAUUAACACUCCGGCAGCUUUGCGUCCUUCCUCCUUCUCCUCUCAUCAUCCCUCCUCCUCUUCAUCCCAUCGUCCCUUCUACUCUUCGACCGCUGCGGCCCGAGCACAGGAGUCUCAUGCUGCUGCCGCAGGACCGGCCGGGCUCAGACCCGCCGGGCCCAGACCCGCCUCUAGCACCUCUGACCUCUGGACGCAUCCCGUCCCGGCCGUCGUCCGCCGCUGCCUCAGCUCUCUGGAUGUGUCGAAGCCGCCUCGGCCCAUUUCACUGUUCAAACGUCCCGUCUGUGUGUCCGCCAGCAGCUCGCAACCCCCUCCACCCAAACCUGAGCACAGCCUUCUGCAGCCUCAGUGUGAGCGCGUGGCCAUCGAGGCCCUGCAGCUCUGCACCCUCCUCCUGCCGCCCUCCUCCCGCAGGAAGCUGCAGCUCCUCAUGAGGAUGAUGUCGCGCAUCAGCCAGAACGUGGACAUGCCCCGCCUCCACCCCGCCAUCGGCACCCGGACGCUGACGGUCCACACGUUUUCCGGCUGCGUCCUCGGCAGCUCUGAGGAGUGUGACCUGGACGAGCUGCUGGCCACCAGGCUGGUGUCGUUCCUCAUGGACCACCAACAGACCAUCCUCUCGGUGCCCGAGUACCUGCUCAGUGCCAUCAACGACCACGUCCAGUACCUGCGCACGGCACAGGUCCCCAUCGACGGUGGAUUCAACAUCGACGGCGUGGAGCCUGUUUGUGUCCCGGUGCCCGUGUUCGCGUUCUGCCGUCAGAUCAGCGGCGCCGAGUUCGAGCAGCAGAAGCAGGCGUCGUCCCAGCAGGCCAUGGAGGAGCUGCUGGAGAUCCUGCUGACGGACCAGAACAUCAGCGAGAAGAACCGACGCAAGAAACUGAAGCAGUUUCAGAAGCAGUAUCCGGACAUCUACAGUCGCCGGUGCCCUGACGGCGAGAGCAAGAGAGACAACAAGCCAAAGAUUAAACCUGCGCUGCUCAACAUCAAGAAGACCAAAGCUUUCAGCAUCAGGAACUGAACCAAACGCAGCGUCAGCCGGGAAGUCGACGGCGUCGUCGACGGCGUUGAUAACUGCAGCGAUGAUGCGUUCGCUGACAGAAGGUUUGAAAAGUGUGUGUGUUUUCAGAUGAAGGCAGGUGAUCAGAAGGAAGCUCCUUAGAACGGCUCUCAUUUAAAAGUCCGUUCAACUGCAGCGUGUUUGUUUUUUUCUCUGGUUUAGCUAGAAAAUCUGUAUUUAUGUGUUUUUUUUAUAAAAAUCGUUUUCCUUCUCACACCCUCGAAAAUUGUGUGUGUGUGUGUGUGUGUGUGUGUGUGUGUGUGUGUGUGUGUGUGUGUGUGUGUGUGUGUGUGUGUGUGUGUGUGUGUGUGUGUGUGUGUGUGUGUGUGUGUGUGUGUGUGUGUGUGUGUGUGUGUGUGUGUGUGUGUGUGUGUGUGUGUGUGUGUGUGGGAUCAAUGGUCCACCUGGGAAAAACUAGAUUAUAGAUUAAUUUAUAUGACGUCAUUGGGAGAAAUGCUAGAUAAAACUGCGAAUUUUCUUAUCAUGUUUACUGUUUUAUAUAGAUUCUUUUUUUUAUAUUCUACUUUUCCUCAGAUUUAAUAUUUUGCCAUUCUUAUCUUUUUGCUUUUCUUUCUGCAUCUGUUGCUUCCGUGUGUGUUUUUUUUAACUAUUUAAUUGUUGUUGUUUUUUUUGUUACAACUCAUUUAUUUUUUUCGGAUUUAGAUUCUCUUUUUUUUCUUUUUCUUUCUUGUCUUUAUGUGUACGUCACCUUGAAUACAUCCCUGUGUUAGUUUAUUGGAUAGAGCAAUAUUUUGCACUGGAUGUCGGGCAACAACCAUCAGAACGGUUAAUUUAUACAUAUUUAAUAGACCCCUGAAGAAGCUGUCUCCAGACGUCUGUCAUAUUUUUUUGGGAACUGGUUGCUACAGCUUGUAUGUUAUGAUUUCCCAUUUUAAGCUGAACCGUCUGAGGAAAUGUAAGAAACAAAAACUUUGACUCAAACUUUUUUUUCUAUAUGAAGUAUUAGCUCCUCCCUGAUACGUUUGUCGAUACCUCAGAUUGAAACGUUUGUGUGACUAUAUCUACACUCAUCUGCAGUGUUUUUGGCGAAGACCUUACGGAGGAAUGUACAGUUUAUUUUUUUACUCUUCCUCUACAUCGUUUACUAUGCAAAAGUCCUGGGAAAUAAACCUGUUUGUCUCUUUCUAUUUA